CCAGUCUGCCCGCCCGACUUUUGUGGUGCCGGCAGAGGACGCUGUCUGGUGCGCCAACGCCAGCCCACCUGCGACUGUUACCCCAGUUACAAGGGGGCGCGUUGUGAACAGCCCGUCUGCCCACCGGCCUACUGCCUCAACAAUGGCAACUGCUUUCCCGAGUCGGACCGUCGACCUCGUUGCCAGUGCCCGGCCGACUUUGAGGGUGAACGAUGUGCUGUACCCCGCGCAUGUCCGCCCAACUAUUGCUUCCAUGGAGGACUCUGUGCCAUGAUGGAUGGCCGUCCUGUCUGUUCAUGUGGACACACCGACUUCGAAGGAUCCAGAUGCGAGACUCCGCGUAUCUGUACCCCCGGCUUCUGUCAACAUGGAGGUCGUUGCAGUGUUCUUGGCGGUCAGUACGUCUGCAAUUGCACCGGGACUGGCUUUCGUGGUCACGUCUGCCAGGAGCCGAUUGCCUGUCCGCCCGGCUACUGCUCGAACAACGGCGUAUGUUCUGUACUCGGACCCAACCGGUUCCACUGCGAUUGUUCAAGAACUGCGUAUGGCGGGCCCUAUUGCCGAGACGGUGAGCAUUUGGCACAUGUAAAACUCGUCCUCUCCUCAUAA